AUGUCACCCGCGUGGCUCGACUCCCUUUCGGAGGACUGGAAGACAUCUUCAAACCCUCCAAAGCAAAACGCUCCCGAGGUUGCCGACGAUCCCUUCGUGGAAGGCGACAGCCUGCGGAAUGAGACGACCCUCCCUUCCAGCCCUCCGGUCUUCCGACCCCCUCCUGCCUUUGACGAAAGCGUCAUGUCAGAGGAUGGGGAUGACCUUCGGCACGUUGACGUCACGCCUAGUCCAAGUCCCCGCAAAGGCCCGAAGGAUAUACGGUACCGCAUGGUGGAUGACUCGAUCGAUUUACACAGCGAUAGCGAAUUCGAUAUACACCAAGACGCAACUUUUGAUGAGCGCCACGAAAGACAUGAACGCGACGACUCCCCGAACAUCCCGAUCCACAACUUCAGCCCCCUCCCGAGUCUCGAAAACCUAGCAGCCAAAGUGUGUUUCAAAACGAAGACUUCAGCCCCAUCUACCUGUCUAAGCACAGUUCUGGUGACGGCCAGCCCCUUGAAGCUCUUUGGUGUUUACGAUACCUUUACGAAUCAAACACUCAUGCGGCGCAUCAGUCAGUUCGAGGAACAAAUGUCCAAUUCUUCUCAGCAGUCAUUCCAAACGAACCCAUUCCAAACAUCGGUCAAGAGCUCGCAGGUCCAGCAACCUCCCGCGAUCGGGAGGCAGCAGGGGCAAAGAUCAGUCAGCCGCUUUGGUGCGGGUGAUCUUGAGGGGUAUCAAUUUCACAGCGAUGUCUCAGGCCUGUCGAUAGAGGAGGGCGACUCGAUGGCUGACCAGUUCGAGGAUGACGCGUCAGACCGAGAGAAUUUCCCUCCUUUACAUGAGGAAGCCCUCGGUUCUUCGCCGUCGGACGCGAGCCAGCUGUUUGUUAGGAGACGGAGGAGAAAAUCCACCACAUCCGGCGAUGAUUUGCGGAACGGGUCAAGGUCGCGAAGUGCAUCGAUAAAUAGUCACGGCUUUCUUCUCACGCCCAAGCGAGACAGCGGGUCGGAAGGGAAGAGGCCAAGAACGUCGCCAUCAAAGGACCCAACCCCCAAGCGGCGGCGGACCCUUCACAAGUCUGAUAUCGCGUAUGGCAGGGAAGAGGACGAGUCCAAUGUCGACGCCGUGCACAGCACUCAUCAACAGAUGCAGGCUGCCAUUGGCAAGAAGAGAAAGGAUGCACGACCUGGUGACAUGCAACAACUGGCGGAUCCCGACAUACUGGCAAACCGACAUAUUCUUCGCCCCCGCACUCCCACUCCUAGCCAGCGAUCUUCCGUUCAGAGAGAAAAGGCACCCUUCACCGAGGGUGUUCCAUCGCAAGGGAGCAAACUCAAGCGCUCGCCCAUCCGCAAUGGGCAUGUCUCCGCUAUCGGAGCAUCUAUGCUUGCCGGCGAGUCCGAGCGAAAACCCUCGAUCAAGACGCAGGACUUCCUUGACGAGGCGGCGCAGAUUAUGGCGAUGAUUCGAAAUCAGGUUCGUCCUGCAGGCCUUCCUAUCGUCGAAGAGUCGGAGGCGGAAGUCAAGUCGCCCGAAGAAGAGCAGGUCGUGCCGACGCGGCAAGAAGACCCUGAGAUUCUCAGACGGCUCAAGAAAUACCAAGAAAUGAGUGAUAUGGGAGAUGUCAUUACGUCUUCAAUACGCUCCGUAGGCCUUGCACGAGAGGCGAUCCGCGCAACCCAGGAAAUGCAGCGUCACCUAGGCCAAAGCGCACGCGGCCGACCCAAUCUCGCGGACAUGGCAGAGGAUGAAGAGUUUAGCGACCCGCCCAACAUCCGCAUCAGCCAAAACCCCGCUGAAGGCGGCACCCAAAGCGACCACAACACAGGCGUCACAUUCCCGUCCACCUCGUCGGGCGACUCCACCAACCGGUCAUACCCCACCAACUCCUCGCGGACUUCGGAAAACAAGAAGACGAUUGCCCCGCACAGCGUCAGCCAUCUGAUCCCCGACCAAGUGGGGAGCAUGUACUUGGAUAGGGAGAACAACAUCUGGGUCAAGAAGAAGGGAGGCGAGAAAGUGCCAAUCAACAUCCUACCAUCGGAAGACAGCGAAGAUGAUCCAUUUGGGAGUAUCCCCGAUCUCACGGUCGACAUGACGCUAGAAAUGCGGAACUUGAAGCUUGCGACCGCCCUUAAGCAACAAUUACAUGCUGACCUCGAAAACAUCCCACCCCCAUCGAGUCCCUUGAAAACACCAGCGGGAAAGAAGGGCUUCGCCACGCUUUCUCCCGAUGCUGCGCUCGAUGAGGAAGUAGUAUCCCGCGCCUGGGAUGAGCUGACGAAGCUCGAAAACAAAGCGGCCACGUCUCCCGCCCACGGCGAGGAAGACGUUGAGCAUGAGAUCACCAUCAACGAGGGCCGAAACGCGGGCCGCACGCCUUCUAAACGGCGGAACCUUACCAUUUCGUUCUCUUCUCCCGUAGCAUCGAUCAUCAGAGAUGUUUUACCGGAAGACCUCAAUACGAUGUCGGACGAUGAGGGCCCCACCAACCUCUCAAUCAACCAAGAGCAGUCACCGGAUAGAGAGCCUACAGGCAGCGCAUGGAAAGGCGGCAAGCCCACAAGCCACCGCAAGGGGUCGCGGGGUUUCCGACAACCGUCGUUUGCCAAGAUGACAUUCGUCCCCCGCCCAGUAUCCCGAAUCGACGAGCAAGAAGAGAACAGCGUCCUUAGCAAAGCAGACAAGCAGGUCAGCAUUAUCGGAGACAACAGCGUACUAGAACAGGUCACGCCCAACCCGCGACGCACGAGCGUCAGCUUCAUCAUCAAGGCUGCCCGGGGACUGGGCGAACUCGACGGCGAUGCCAGCGCCAUCAUUGGGCAAAAUGUGGGCAAUCUUUCGCUCAGUCCGCUUUCGGAGUUCACAAUGAACAAUGCGGAUCAGUCCUACGCCCUCGAAGUCAGCUAUGUCAUGGCAGACAAGCACCUAGUGACGGGGGAUGGAUCUAAGAGAGUUAUGUCAAUUUCGAUCCGGGAUUUGGUGGAACGGUUGACGGAGGCUGAGCCGUCGGAGCUUUUCUGGGAUAGUCUUGUUUCGCUCGACCUUCAUGAGAAGCGGCUCUCGAGCCUUCACAUGUUGGACGAGUUUUGCGGGCGUCUCGUUAGUCUCGACGCCUCUAACAACGGGCUAGGCCACCUCGAUGGGGUGCCGCCGACCGUCCGGCAGCUUCGUGUCAGCCACAACAUGCUCUCCGAACUGACGUCUUGGGAUCACCUCGCCAAUCUGCAGUACCUGGAUAUUUCAGAUAACGACGUUCGAAGCCUCUCGGCUCUCAAGAACUUGGUACACCUACGAAGUAUCAAGGCCGACAACAACCUGCUUACGAGCCUCGAAGGCAUCGACGAAUUAGACGGACUACUCAGCUUCAGGGCGAGGAAUAACCAGAUCCAAGAGGUGGAUUUCGAAGAAAGCGGGUUGGAAAGACUUCAAGAACUCGACCUGGUCGGCAACCAGAUCACCUCGGUCAAGAAUGUGGAAAAGUUGCCGUCGCUUGCGACGCUGAAGUUGCAGCGAAACGAGCUCGCAUCGCUAGAUUGCGAAGGCAAGGUUCAGGCCCUGCGGUAUCUAGACGUCAGCGACAACAGGCUUCAGGAUCUCGACCUCAGCAAGUUCCCCAAGAUUCGUCUGCUGCACGGAGACAGGAACCAAAUCUCUCGGGUCACUGGCUUCGCUCAUGCCCGAUACCUAGACAGCUUUUCACUUCGGGAGCAAAAGGGCAGCGAGGCGUUGGAUAUGUCGUUCCUCUCGAGCGCGUACGAGGUGCGUAAGUUGUUCCUCUCGGGCAACUACAUCAAGAGGUUCGAGCCGCAAGUAGACUUCCUCAACCUCCAACUCCUGGAGUUAGCCAACUGCGGGCUGCAGGCACUCCCAGAGAAUCUGGGCCAGCUGAUGCCUAACCUACGAACUCUCAACAUCAACUUCAACGCGGUGUCGGACCUGUCGCCGCUGCGGUUCGUGCCACGGAUGAAGAAGCUCUUGGCGGCAGGCAACAGGCUCGCUGACUCUACAGCGGUGACGGAGUUGCUCACAGACUUUCCGCACCUGUCGCGGCUCGACCUCCGAGACAAUCCCAUGACGCAGGGUUUCUAUCCGCCGCUCCAGGUUCUCGUGCAGGCGGACGGCAGCGGCAGCGGCAGCGCAGACGGCUUCGCGCUUCCCGAGGCAGACGUGAAUCGCGAUGCCAAGUACGCUAGUCGGUUGGACGAGGCGACGCGGCUGAGGCGGAGACUGUACGAGAUUGUGUUUGUCAGUUGCUGUCGGCGCCUCAAGGUGCUUGACGGGCUAGUGGUGAGAAGAGAGGCGGUCCUGGCGCGAGAUGACACGUUUGAGGUGCUCGUUCGCGAGGGCUUGCUCCCUGGGGCCCAUGACAUGGAGGAGGGGCCCGACGGAGGCGAAGCCGGGGACGAAGCCUUUGGAAAGCAGGACGCGGUGCCUGGUGGGACGGUGACGAGCCGGUGGGGAGCGGAAGAUAGCUUUGCGUGA